AUGCUCGUCCCCUCAGAGAGCAGACAGGCGAGGCCCCAGGAGCCGCAGGCGGGGCCCCAGGUGGUGCAGGCGGCCCCCCAUCAGGCCAACGGGUUCCUGGACAGACUACGGAGGCCCAGGAGGAACAUCUGGGACCGCAGCAGGCCAGAUGUUCAGCAGUGGAUCCUGCAGUUCAUGAGCCUGGGCUACGAUGAGGCUAGACUAGAGGCGGACCUCUCCUACUGGAUGGACCAACGGCGUUCCUCGGAUCAGGGGCGUCAGCAUCACUACGAUGAGAACGCCGCCGUCGGGCCGCAGGACGCCUCGUCCUACAGACACGGAGCCAACGUCAACUACGACUAUUAUUGAUCUCAGAUUACUGCUUAUUGUGAAAUAAAGAUGAGAAUC